AUGGCUAAAGCAUCGAAACAAACAAAGAAGUUUCAAAAUAAGCAUUUGAAACAUACAAUAGAGCAACGUAAGAAGGUUCAGGCACAGAACAAGAAAAUUGCUUCCAGAAAAAAGAGUGGUAGUUCAUCAUCUGGGGAAAGCAAUGCCCCCAAACGUGCUGAUGGAAAAGCCAAGGAAGUCUUUGAAGAUAUGUCAGUAGACGACUUUUUCGGAGGUGGGUUUGAAGUUCCUAAAGAAAAGAAUAAGAACAAGAACAAGCAAGAUACAAUUGAAGAAAACGAAGAAGAAGACUCGUCUUCUGAAGAGGAAGAUGAAGAAGCAAUGAAGGAAAACUUGAAAAAAUUAGAGGCAGACGAUCCAGAAUUUUACAAAUACUUGAAAGAUAAUGACAAUGAUUUAUUAGAUUUUGAAGCUGUCAAUCCUUUAGAUGCCAUAAGUGAUGACGAGGGUGAUGAAGAUGAUGACGAAGAAAUUGAAAAAGAAGUUCCUAGCGAUGAUGAUUCUGAGGAAGAACCAACUCUAGGAAAAGUAAAAGGAUCUAAAAUUGAAAUAACGAAAUCGUUGGUUAAAAAAUGGAAUCAACAAUUAGAUAAGCCAACCCCUAAGAUUACAAGAAACAUACUUAUUGCUUUUAAGGCAGCUGUCAAUAUCCACAAUUCGGAUUCUGAAGAUUAUAAGUUUUCCAUAACAGACCCUAAAGCAUUUUCUGAAUUGAUGUUAUUAGUUUUGAAAAAAGUUCCUAUUUCUGUGCAAAAGUUGGUUAAAUACAAAACUAACACUCAAGGAGUAAGAACUAUCCCGCAAAAGAAUCAAUAUGCCACUCAAAUUGCAGCUAUUUUGAAAUCACAUGCAGGUUCAUUCAUCACUUUAUUAAACGAUAUCACCAAUACUGAAACUGCUGCUUUAAUUUUGGCUUCUAUUUAUGAGGUGUUCCCAUUUUAUUUGUCACACAGAAGAUUAUUAAAACAAAUUUUGACUGCCGUUGUAAAUGUUUGGUCUAGUUCUUCAGAUAUUGAUACGCAAAUUUCUACAUUUGCAUUUUUGAACAAUGUAUCUAGAGAGUAUCCUAAAUCGGUCUUGGAAACCGUUUUGAAAUUAACUUACUCGUCUUUCUUACAGAAUUGCAGAAAAACAAAUGUCCAUACCAUGGCCCAGAUUAACUUUUGUAAAAACUCAGCUGUGGAAUUGUUUGGAAUCAAUGAAACUUUGGGUUAUCAAGUUGGUUUUGAGUAUGUUAGACAAUUGGCUAUACAUUUACGUAACAGUAUCAAUGCUACUUCGAACGCAAAAGAGGGAUACAAAACUAUAUACAACUGGCAAUACUGUCAUUCAUUGGAUUUUUGGUCCAGAGUUUUGUCUCAACAUUGUAAUCCUGAAAAAGAGUUGCAAAACCAUAAAUCCAAAGAAUCUCCAUUGAGGCAAUUAAUUUAUCCAUUAGUACAAGUUACUUUGGGUGCUAUUAGAUUGAUCCCUACCGCUCAAUUUUUUCCAUUAAGAUUUUAUUUAAUUAGAUCCUUGAUCAGAUUAUCUCAAUCUACCGGCGUGUUUAUUCCUUUAUUCCCAUUGAUUUCAGAGAUUUUAUCAUCUACAGCAAUGACCAAGGCACCAAAAGCUUCUACUUUGCAAGCUGUUGAUUUCGAACACAAUAUUAAAGUUAAUCAAGCAUAUUUGGGCACUAGAGUUUACCAAGAUGGGUUAUGUGAGCAAUUUAUAGAGUUAUCUGGUGAAUUUUUUGGUUUGUAUGCGAAGAGUAUUGCCUUCCCAGAGUUGGUGACCCCAGCUGUGUUAGCAUUGAGAAGAUUUGUGAAAAAAUCAAAAAAUGUAAAAUUCAACAAACAAUUGCAACAAUUGAUAGAAAAAUUAAAUGCAAAUGCUGUUUUCAUUACUGGAAAAAGAUCCAAUGUUGAGUAUGGACCAUCAAAUAAAGCAGAGGUACAACAAUUUUUGAGUGACUUUGAAUGGGAAAAGACACCUUUGGGUCAAUAUGUUAGUGUACAAAGACAGUUGAAAGCAGAAAGAUUAAGAAUCUUGAAAGAAGCCCAAGAAGAGGAAGCAAAAGCACAAGCUGAACAAAAGAAAAAAGAAGAAGAAGAGGAUGAGCAAGAAGAUGAAGAUAUUGUAAUGGAGGAGGAAGAUGAUGAGUAG